GCUACAUUUACAACCUCAGAAGUGGGAUUUACUCACGAAAAUGCCUACAAAGGACCAAAUGGUGUGUGUUUUAUCGGAUGCUGGCGUAGAUUGUCCUGCCAACGCUACAAUUAACCAAAUCCGGAGUCUGUAUGACGCCGUGAUGCCGGUGCAAGCAAAGGAAAACAAAAUGGAAGGCACACUGUUGGACACUGCUGAAGAAUGUUCCGGUAAUAGCUGUGCCGUUCAGGAGAAAAUUGAUCAGCUGGAGCUGGAGAAGAAACUGCUGACCUUGCAGAAGGAAGUUUCGGAGAUGAAGCUGCAGAGUAAUGCUGAUAAAAACCUUCCCAACCUUACGACGAUUGAAAGCUUGGUUCCGUCGUUUAGCGGACAAAAUGGCGUUGACAUCUCGAUGCGGUUCGAGGAAUUAGAAAGAGUCUUUCAAUUGUUCAGCAUCGACUUAAAGCAAAAACUGGUGAUAACGCUUCGACUGCUUUCCGGGAUAGCUCAAGUAUUAGCUCGAGCUUCAGGUUUAUUAGAAUAUAAUGCUCUGAAGCAAACACUCAUUGAAACAUUUCAACAAACAUAUUCCGUUGAAAGUGUUUAUCACGAGCUACGCAGUCGCCGCCUCUCUGCCUCCGAAUCGACCAUAACAUACUUCAUUGACAUGAAGAAUAUUGCCAGGAAAGCGAAAAUUCCCGAGGGUGAGCUUGUUGACAUCAUAAUCGAAGGUAUAAAUGAUCCGGUCAACACCGCCGCUAUGCGUUAUGCUGCUCGUCAGAUGGAUGAUCUCCUACCCUUGCUGAAAAGAUAUGAAGAGAUGCGGACACGUCACCAGCCGUCAACAUCUGCACCCAAGGACAGACGAUCUACUCGCGACGUACCCAUGAACAUCGAGCACGUGAAGUGCUACAAUUGUCUGCAACAAGGGCACUAUCAAAGCCAAUGCCAACAACCCCAACGUCCUCAUGGAUCGUGUUUCCGGUGUUCGAAGACGGGACAUUCACAUCGCGAAUGUCCGAACCGUAACAACGUACCAGCCGCUGCGGUGCAUUCAAUGGAUAUGGAAUCGGGUUAUUUACAACAAAUUCCAGCCAUGCAGGAGGGAGCCCUAGAAGUUUUAUAA